AUGGGCGUGCUAGGUGGAGCAUCCUAUGUGGCUGAGGUUCAGCAGGCAGCGACAGCGGCAGACGCUCUUGCUGCAGUGCAGUCAGGCCUCGCAGAUACCUCUGUCUUCUUCUACGGAGCCCUCCUGAGUGCGCUUGAGGCGUACAUGGGCAAGCAGGACGUGGCGACCGUACCGGCCGACACGUCAGACACGAUUGCGCUACUGAAGCUGCUUGCCUUCAACACGGUGUCCGAUGUCGCUGCAGCGUCUGAGAGUGUCAAGGCCCUCCUCUCCCAGCACCCGUGCCUGAUGAAAAAGCUACAGUUGCUUUCAUUUCUUACUUUAUGUAGCCAGCACCCGCUGACACCUGACGGCGUGUGCCUCUCGUACGGCAUGUUGAACGGGCGCUUGGAGUGCAUGACACGGUGUCGGUGCAGUGCGCGGUGCUGCAUGCAGGUGGCGGAGCGGCUGCAGUGCGACAGCGUCGUCAUCGACCCCCUCUUUCCGGCGCACUCCAUCGACUGCUGCCCGCGCCCGUGGCCUGACACAGUGCACCGCACGCGGCCCGCCACGCGCCGCCAGCGCAGGCUGCACCGCACCAUGGCGUCGUUCCGCGACGUCCGCUGGUCAGACGCUGUGCCAGCAGCGCCAGCGCGCACAGCCCUCAUCGCGAAGCAUCUGUGCGGCAGCGGCGUGGACGAGGUGCUGCGGCAGCUGGAGGCACAGGACUGUCUGCCACGCAUCUUCGUUCUGGCGCCGUGCUGCUUCCACAAAAUCACCCUUGAUGGGUACUGCAAUGUUGUCUAUCUCAGACAAGUCAUGGGGAUCGACUCAGAAGAAGCACUGGCACGUGUGAGCCGGCUCACAGACUGGAAUAUGUCAUUCUAUCAGAGCAACCACGAACGCAUGUUAGCGCGGAUCGAGGCGGCGCGGCGAAGCGCCGGCACAAACGGCAAAGAACGCGCCUGCGAGGCGCAGCUGCCGUCAGAAGCCGCUGCCGCAGCGUUCUGCUACCAGCGCCGAAGCGGUCCUCGCUCCAUCGCAAACAGCAUCCCGUGCACCCAUGCCUUUGCCCAGCUGGUUGAGGGCCUCCUCAACUAUGGCCGAAUGCAAUGGCUUCAGCAACGCCGCUAUGACGUGCAGCUGGUGCAGUAUGUGCCCGACGUGGUGACGCCCAAAAACAAGUGUGUGAUCGCGACUAGACAAGCACCCACGAAGUGA